AAUGGUUUGAAAUGCAGCUGCCAGAUAUCCUUGACAGUGUCAGGGCCUGGUCCUUGUACGCAAGCAUGUUCUACCGGUAUAGUCGUGCUAUUGAUGGGGAAUCCCAGAUCCUUCGUUGGGCCGGGCUCUCCAGUCGGGAUGAUAGAUGGCGAAAAUGGGCUCUGGAAGAAGCUAUGCGGUGGAUGAACGGCAUGCCACAGCAUAUAACCUCACCACAGGGGUCGGCACCACCGGAUAACACUAUAAAUACAACCCCGGGUUAUAAAGCUGGUUCUGAGACUGCAUCUACUGCAUCUACUGCGUCUACUGCGUCAAGUCCUGCGAGUCCUUCAGAUACACCAGGAACCACUCCCGCGACGACCCCCGGGUCUUUUGGCAAUGAAAGCGAUUAUGGUCUGUCGCCGACACCCGGAGCGAGGUACAAUACAUGUAAACAGGAGGUCAUUGAUGAAGACAACGACGGCCUUGAAGACACAUUCCAGAAGCCCGUUAACAGAGCUUUGUUCAAACCCAACCCGAGUUCAUCAGGCCCACCCAGCAUCGUGCCAGAGGACGCACUUUCCAGCAAGACGGAGGCCUUGGACUUGAGCAAAGACAGUGCGGACUCCGGUACCAAAUCCCCUGCUACAAACAAACCCUCGAGCACCGGGGUGGAUCGCUCGGUACGCGAAGCUCUUGAACGCAACACCUCACGUCCAUGCAAGCCGGGCACCGUCUACCUCACACCUUGUCAUCCAGAGAAGGAGUGCUACAAAAUAUACCACCGCAAGGGCAAAUCUUCGAGAAUGGGACAAUGCUACAGCAAUCUAACUCCGUAUCUCGAGAAGAAAUGUACAAACCCAGCAGCCAUUGAGGAUCUGGUCCUGGCGGAAUUCGGCCACUGGAUCGAUAGGAACAAGUGCGCGGGCGAAGGAUGCAAAGCAGCACAUACAAACUGGAUCAAUAUGCCGGGAGAUGCCAUCAGCGAGAGUGUCAGCGCAUGGGCGGCUCUGCUUGAGAAGGGGUACGACAGAGCCAAGAUUCCCGAGACUGGCUUUUCGCAGGAUGAAGAUAGAUGGACCAAGUGGGCACAGAAAACAGCAAAGGGCAAGCAUGGCCGAGUCAGGACCUUCAUCCGACGCGCAUCUACCUUCCUGACGGGGUGAGGUAUGUUAUAGUGUGUAUUCUUGGUAUCUUGUUGAUAGUGCUGGCUGUAUAUAUACUACCCAAGCUGGUUGGCCAAAUUUAGGAGCCGGGGCUGCCGGCCUGAAGUCCCUGUAUCCUCUGUUAUUAGGUAUAUAAGUUACCUAAACUUGUUACUAUUGCGC